GUGGCUCUCGACCAAAAAAAGACUUCCUUUUCCUUCUUUCUUCCGCUUAGACCUUGUCGAUUAUCUCAUCUUGAAAGUAUCGUCAGCGUCUAGCACCCCCAACGGAAAUCAAAGAAAGAAUUAAAAAAAGAAAAACAGAGCCAUGCCACAUUUGUUGGAAUCAACCAAAAACUAUCUCAGAUCCUCGACCAAAAUUGGCCGUCGAAUGAGCACCUCCCGCGAUGAUUCGAGUGUGAGUGAAGCAAGCCUCACUGACCUUUCACCUGUAUCACCUGUAUCUAUUACUACAGAGACAGUGAAGCAGCAUCGUCCUUCCCCGCAGAAUCGUCUCUCAUCGAUUUUUACGCUCGAGGGUCGUAACAGAAGUUCGUCUGAGGACCGUGCCACAGUCAAUGUCCUCUCUCGAAAGGUCGGUCCUGAAGCACAGGAUCAGCAGCAUGACAACAAGAAGAAGCGAAGAAAUAGUGGUAGUCAAAAAAGCAUUUUGAGCAUCCGUAGCCAGCGACAGCCAUCUCCACAGUCUGAGAAUAGAGCAUCUGUCUACUCAAGCACCACUCAUGUGUCAACGGCUCGUUCCCGCAAAUCGUACUACGAUGUUAACCCCACUGACUACCCGACUACCGACCAGUACCAAUCCCAUGUCUGGCAUCGCACUAUUCUUGAGGAGAGCAUUAUGCACUCCCUUAAACUUGGCUAUGGUGAGCGUCGCUCUGGUAGUGAGAAUCGCUCUCGCUCCGACUCUCGCUCUCGCUCCGACCCUCGUGCUCUAAAGAGAAUCAACACAAGUCAUAGUGGCAUGUCAGCUGGUGCUCCCGAUUCAGAGACUGUGGUCGAUAGAGGUAUGCCUUCCCCUGCUGCCCAUCCCAACAGCCCUUACCAGAUGCAUGCCAAUUCGUCAUCGACUGCCAACAUUACACAUUCGUAUGCCAUCUUUACCCUGGAGCUUCCCGAGCAUCAGGUUACACAGGUGAUUUCAUCGUCGGCUGUGCCCAAUCUUUUCCAAAUCAACAAGGGUGGCUUGGAUAACGGCCAAUCCAAAGUUCGACGAGAGUCCAACGCGUCUCGCUUCUUGCACACAGGACCUACUCCGUCUCCUCGUGUGUUGACAGGCAAGACGAUCGCUGAACAGGCCGCAGCAUCCAAGGAGAACACAGAUCCUCUCCACAUGUAUCAUCCUGUUGUAGCUGCUGUUUAAAGACAAUUUAUACUCUUGUGAUUUUUUCUUGU